GCGUUGUCCCUGCCCCUGCAUGGCGUCCAGAGGAUGUCUGCCUCGUUUGAGGAGCAUAGUGGGGUGGUUCCGUGUGUCACGCCGUGGGGCCAGUGGUACCAGACCCUGGAGGAGGUGUUCAUUGAAGUCCAGGUGCCCCCGGGCACUCGCGCGCAGGACAUCCAGUGCCGCCUGCAGAGCCGGCAUGUGGCUCUGGCCGUGGGUGGCCGUGAGAUCCUCAAGGGAAAAUUAUUUGAUUCUACAAUCGCUGAUGAAGGAACAUGGACUUUGGAGGAUAGAAAAAUGGUCCGCAUUGUCCUGACAAAGACCAAGAGAGACGCUGCAAACUGUUGGACUUCUCUUCUAGAAUCUGAAUAUGCAACUGAUCCCUGGGUGCAAGACCAAAUGCAGAGAAAACUUACAUUAGAGCGGUUCCAGAAAGAAAAUCCUGGUUUUGACUUCAGUGGAGCAGAAAUCUCAGGGAACUACACAAAGGGUGGACCAGAUUUCUCAAACCUUGAGAAAUGACUGCUAUUCUUUAGUUUUGUUCCAUCUUGUGGAUCCCAGCAGGUGCUGACAACUUAAUGCAGCAGAUGAUAUGAAGGAUGAAAAAUAUGGAUGUCUACAGUUAACAUAUUGCACAAUGUAUUUCAGUAUGGUUCUAAAAGAUUCCAUUGAGAGAUGAUUUACAUAGGAGGUAUAGCAGCUGUCCUGUGGUUAGAUGGUAACUUUUCUGGUUCUGCGUUAAGUUUUAUAUGCUACAUUUUACUGAUUUCAUAUUUAAUUGUAUUUUUACUACAAAAGCAUUGGAUUAUAAAUCAUAUGAAAUGAAAAAGUGCCUUCAGGGAUUUUUUUUCCUUUUUUU